AGGUCCGGCCCGCCCGCCUCACCGCCCCGCGCCCGGCGGGGCCGGCCGCGCCGCGGCGCCGAUGGCUUCGCGGGCCAGGCAGACGGGAGGCUUCGCGAAGCGGGCGAACUCGUCGCAGAAGAUAUCCAAGCAGAUAGGCUGGCUCAACCACAAUGCCGGCCUGCAGAAGGAUAUCAUGUACAAGGACGUCAAGGACGUUCUGCAGCAGAUCGGCGAAGCGAGCGCGCUGAGGCUGCUGAAGCGGCUCGAGAAGAGCAGCGCGGAGGUCAGCGACCCGACCGCCUUCAUCUCCGCCGAGUGCGCCCGGGAGCUCGAGGGGGGCGCGGGGGGGCGGAGGGGCGGAGGCCGCGCGGGCAGCCCCGGGCGCGGCUCGGGCGACGAGGCGGCCGAGGGCGACGGCUCCGGGGGCGACGCCGACGGGUCCGCGGGGAGCGCGAAGCAGAAGCGGCGCGGCGGGCGCGGCGGGCGCAGGGCGCGCGACGCCGCCGGCGAGGGCAGGGAGGGCGUGCUGCGCCGCAUCGAGAAGCGGCUGCAGUGGCUCAACGACAACGUCUCCUUCGGCGAGGCCCUCAGCUUCGAGCGGCUCGGGGAGAGCCUUGCCGACAUGGGCCUGACCGACGCGAUGGCGAUGCUGAAGCAGCUGGAGGAGACCGCGCAGGCGGAGGAGGUGCGCAACCCCAACGCCUUCGUCGCGGCCGCGAUCCGGAGAGCCAGCGCCGGCAGCGGAAAGCGCGCCGGGGCGGCGCCGCGAGAGGGCCCCGGCCGCGCCGUGAUCAAGAAGCACCUGAAGGGGAGCUCCACGUCCCGCGACGGCUUCCUGGAGAAGAUCCGGAAGCGGGUGGCCUGGCUCAACGCCAACGCCAGGCUGAACUCGGAGAUCACCUGGGACAAGGUCAGCGGGCCGCUGGUGGACGCGGGCGAGGUGUCCUUAGAGAUGCUGCAGGAGCUCGAGGGCUCCUCGUCGACGAUCCGUGACCCAACGGGCUGGCUCAUAGCGACCGCACGCAAGAAGCUGCGGGACGUCCAGGACGGCGCCGCGCCGGGGGCGCGGGGCGGUGAGCCCGCGAGGGUACCGAAGAGGCGGCGGGAAGAGCCAGAGCAGCCGCAGGAGCUCAAGUUUGACAAGCUGGAGAAGCGGCUGAACUGGCUGAACGAGAAGGUCCGGCUGCAAUCUCCCCUGCGCCUCGACACGCUGGUGCCCAUCCUGGCGGACCUGGACCUGAAGCAGGCGUUCGACAUCCUCAAGAGCUUCGAGGAGAAGGCGGAUUCGGUGAGGGACCCGACGGCCUACGUGGCGUCGGCGGCGCGGGACGAGCUGCGCCUUCUGCAGGAGGGCGGUCGGAUGCCUCCGGGCCCCGAGGUGGACAAGCUGGAGCAGCGGCUGACCUGGCUGAACGAGAAAGUUCGCAUGAAUGCGCCCCUGCGCCUCGACACGCUGGUGCCCAUCCUAGCGGACCUGGACCUGAAGCAGGCCUUCGAGAUCCUCAAGAGCUUCGAGGAGAAGGCGGAGUCGGUGCGGGACCCGACGGCCUACGUGGCGUCGGCGGCGCGGGACGAGCUGCGCAAGCGGCGAGAGGGUGGAGCUGCUGGCGGCCUCGGCCCCGAGAUCCCAGCGCCGCGGCCCUCGGAGCGGGCGGCCCGGCGCCCGCUCGCCCUGCCGGGCCCCCCGGCCACGCCUCCCCCCUCGUCGGAGGAGGCGCGGCUGCAGAAGCGCAUCGCCUGGCUGAACAGCCACGCGGCCCUCGCCGAGCCCCUCGUCUACGAGGAGCUCGCGCCGGACCUCCUGGGCAUCGGGUACCUCAACGCGCUGGAGGUGCUGAACAACCUGGAGGAGAACGGCGAGAAGGUGAGGAACCCGAACAGGUACGUCAUCAGCGGCGCCAGAAAGGUGGCGGCUGGGGAGCCGCCGCCCUCGGCGCCCGCCGUGGGGCGCAGCAUGCAGCCCCCGCCGCCGCAGGGGCCCAGCAGGCGCCCGGGGCCCCCGCCCAGGGACGCGCAGUCCCUUCCGCCGCGGCGGCGGGAGCCGCCGGGAGCCGACGGCGAGAAGCUCGAGAAGCGCAUCGCGUGGCUGAACAGGAACGUGUGCCCGAAGGCGCCGCUCGACUUCGGCCGGCUCGCCCCCGUGCUGCUGCAGAUGACGCACGACGACGUGCACAGGAUGCUGAAGGAUUUCGAGGAGGGCGUCUUCGGCGACGUGCGAGACCCCACGGCCUACAUCCUCGGCAUCGCGAGGCGGUGCGUGGCGGGCGACGGGGGGCGCGGGCCGCCCGCGCGCGACGCGCGCGGGCGGCCAUCGCGCGGCGAACGGCCCGCGGGGCGUGGUCGCGCGGGUUCCGCUGGCGCCGGCCCCGGCGGCCCGAUCGGCGCCAUCGGUGCGGGACCUCCGUCCCGGGGGGCGCCGGCGCUGAAGAACCUGGAGGCAAGCCCGUCGCAGAGGGACGGCGGGCUCACGUACUACGGCGCGCAGAAGCGGCAGCGGGACGACCCGGGCGGCCCCGGCUCCGACGCGGGCGACUUGGAUGUAGGUGCCAAGGAUCUCCCACACCAGCUGAGGGCGCGCAUCGAAUCGCUGAACGCUGGCGGACAGCUGCAGCUGCCGCUGGAGUUCGAGGGCAAUGUCCGCGAUCUGCUGAUGAAGGUCGAGGCCAGCAAGGCCAUGUCCGUGCUGAACCGCCUGGGGGACAUCGCCAGAGAGGUGCGCGACCCCACCGGCUUCGUCGUGGCCACCGUCGGGAGGAUGUGCAAGCGCACGAGGAGAGGCAGCUGAGGGCGCCUGGGCGCCGAGCAGCUGUCGGCGCCGAGCAGCUAUUGGCAGCUACUGGCGCCGAACAGCUAUUAGCUUGGAAAAA